AUGACGUCAACGCUGGCCGUGGAUAGCCGUGAACAGCACCCCGAUAAGCUUUGGAACUUGUACUGGAGUAAAGAACGAGAUCACAAGAUUGUGGAAGAGAGAUUACCGUAGGUUUGUGUGGGAACCGGGCUUAAAAUAAAAUACAGUAAACUGACAAAUAAUAAAGUUAAAGUUUUUUACAUUGCAAGCACUUAUAAUUGUAAAAGUGAAUUAUAAAAAGUUAAAAUAAUAUAAUAUUUUUUAGCUUAAACACCCCAAUAAGCGAUGACAAAGCCCGUAUAGUGUGUAUAUCCGACACUCAUGAAAGACUUGCCAAUAUAUUACCCAAGAUACCCAAUGGUGAUAUCCUAGUACACUGUGGUGAUUUCACAAAUAAUGGCUUAAAAGAAAAGUUACUUGAAUUUGACCAACUAAUGGGAUCACUACCACACCCUCUAAAGCUAGUUGUUGCUGGCAAUCAUGAAUUAGGAUUUGAUGACACAGAAGACGAAUCAUUACGAUACGAACAUGACGUAGGGUUAGGUACAAAAAGAGGCUACGAGUUGCUAAAAAAUGUCACUGUGCUUCAUGAUAAACUUGUUGAAGUAAGUUUCUAAAAAUCAUCAAUUUUUCAAACUUUCAUUCCAGGUUUUAGGUCUAAAAAUCUAUGGAGCAUCCUGGCAUCCUUUACCCAAAUUCCCCUUUUACCGUGCCCGUGGUAACCCCAUCUUACAAGAAUGGCUCAAAGUUCCAGCUAAUAUUGAUGUCCUACUAACUCAUACUCCUCCACUAGGUCAUCAAGAUCAAUUCAAUGACAUCGAAGGACGUUGGGGCUGUGCUGAGCUUUUACAAGUUGUUGAGAAAGUAGCCAAGCCUAAACUACACGUCUUCGGUCAUGUACAUGAACAGAAUGGUGUUAGUACAAAUGGAGUGACAACCUUUGUUAACGCUUCUAUUUGUAGCCACAAAUUGGAAACUAACUAUGAUCCACUUAUUUUUGAUCUGCCUUUGAAUGGGAGUAAGAAAGAUUAUAGUAUUACGGUGCUGUAA